UCUCCUUCUGUUUUAUAUUCGUCAUAAUAGGUUGCAGUUGUUUUCUUCGAUUCUUACAGGAUUCGCUCAUGGUUCAACGCACGACCGGAGCUGCUUCCCAAUAAUCGCAGAUAUUUCUUCAGUUCUAAGUAAACCUAAAUCGAAGCAUAUACUUAUCUCCUUGUCGUCUCCUCGAAUUAUCGAAGCAUCAGAGGUCGACCUUUGUUCUAAAUUCGAUUUCUGUAGUUAAAACAACAUUAUAAAUGGGUAGAAAGAAGCCAACAGUCCGGGACGAGGAGAAUCCUGUCGCGUCUCAGGGUGGGACCAAAUCCAAGAAGAAAGGGCAUGUGGUUGACGAUGAUGAAUACGCCAUCGACUUGUCUGAAGAUCAACAGAGUAUGGGUUCUGAGAAACCGAACCAUGAGGACGCAGCCAUUCCGGCUGCUGGGAAGAAGGGCAAGAAGGGCAGCUCCAAGCCGGUCCAAUCUAGAGAUGAAGAUCAAGAUAAGCCCCUUGAAGAAGAGGAAGAUGAUGCUCCAGCAAUUGCCUUCACGGGUAAGAAGAAGUCCAAAUCUAAGAAGGGUGGUAAUAAUAAAUUAGUUAGUGGUUCCAAUUUUGAUGUCCUUGAAGAUGAGGAUGUUCAGAAAAUAGAUGAGAAUGAAAAGAAUGACGAUGGUGAUGGAGGGGAUGGGCCAGUUGUUGCUUUCUCUGGUAAAAAGAAGUCUUCUAAAUCUAAGAAGAAUAACAGUUUGUUUGCUGCAUCCGCAUUUGAUGCUCUUGACGAAGGUGAUGGUGCUGUGAUUAAUGAAUCUGACCGGCAACUGACAAAUGGAGAUAAAGUGGAUGAUGAGGAUGUGCCUGUAAUUGCUUUCUCUGGUAAGAAGUCUUCAAAUUCUUCCAAGAAGAGUGGUAGCUUGUUUACUUCCUCUGCUUUUGCAGACCUAGAUGAAGGGGAUGAUGCGAAAGAUGAAAAUAAAGAAGAGGAUGAUGACGCUCCUACUGUUGCUUUUUCUGGUAAGAUGAAGUCUUCAAAAUCUUCCAAGAAUGGUGGUAACUUGUAUACUGUAUCGGGUUUUGGUGAUUUAGAUGAAGGGGAUCACACCAAAGAUGAAAAUAAGGAAGAGGAUGAUGAUGAUGCUCCUGUUAUAACGUUCUCUGGUAAGAAGAAAUCAUCCAAAUCGUCAAAAUCUUCCAAAAAAACCAGUAGCUUGUUUGCCACCACACUUCUCGAUGAGGAGGAUGGUAAUGAUGUGUCUACAUCUGAACAGCAGCUGGCCACUAGGUCUGCUGAUGAAACUAUUGAUGAAAGCAUGGUGGAGAAUGAAGGCAUUCCAACAAUUUCGUUAUCUGGUAAGAAGAAGUCUUCAAAAUCCAAAAAGAAUAAUUGUCUCUUCACUGCCUCCAGUUUUGACGUGGGCCUCGGUGACCAAGAACCUGAAGAACCUGAAGAACCUUCUAUGAGUGGUAGUAAUCUGGGUGAUGGUAAGAAUGCUGCUGAUGCCAAAGUAAAUGAAGUAGGCAGCGAGGAUGUCAUGGAGUCAUCUAAGAAUAAAAAGAAGAAGAAGAAAAGUGGAAGGACAGCCCAGGAGGAGGAUGACUUGGAUAAAAUUCUUGCUGAACUUGGUGCAGCCCCUCCCCCUCCUAAACCUACUGCUGCUCCUCCUGAGACGAAGGUUUCUCCUCCUCUAGAAGAGGAAAAGGUUCACACUAAGCCAGAAGAAGUUGCCCCAGCUGAUUUCAAGGGUAAGGAAAAAGAAGCUGAAGAAGUUGGUGAAUCUGCUGCUGCAAAGAAGAAGAAAAAAAAGAAGGAAAAGGAAAAGGAAAAGAAAGCAGCAGCUGCUUCCUCUGUGGUGGAGGUAAAGGAAGAAAAACAGGAAGAAACAAAGCCCAAAGUUUCUGACAAGAAACUCCCAAAGCAUGUUAGAGAAAUGCAGGAGGCACUGGCAAGGCGUAAAGAAGCUGAAGAGAGGCAGAAGAGAGAAGAAGAAGAGAGGUUGAGGAAGGAAGAAGAGGAACGCCGUCGGCAAGAGGAACUUGAGAGGCAGGCUGAGGAGGCCAGGCGAAGGAAAAAGGAGAGAGAAAAAGAGAAGCUUCUGAAGAAAAAACAGGAGGGCAAGCUUUUGACCGGUAAACAAAAGGAAGAAGCCCGUAGAUUGGAGGCAAUGAGGAAUCAAUUUCUUUCUCAAGGCAGUGGCAUACUUCCUUCUGGAGACACUGCUAGUGGGCCAUCAAAGCGGCCAAAAUAUCAGACGAAGAAGGCAAAGCCAGCUCAUGUACAAGCUAAUGAUUUGGCUCAUGUGAAGGCUGUGGAAAAAACGGAGGCUAAAGAAAACCAAGAGACUGCUGCUGAGGUGACAGAGAUUGCUGAAGUGGAAGAAGUUGAACUACAGAAAAUUGAAGAGAAAGUCGAAGCUCCGCAAGUAGUUGAAGAGAAUGGAAUAGAAGAAGAAGAAGAAGAUGAUGAAGAUGAAUGGGAUGCAAAGAGCUGGGAUGAUGCUACUGUGAAUUUGCCUGUUAAGAGUGCAUUUGACGAUGAGGAGUCUGAGCCUGUGGUGAAAAGAGAGACCAAGCGUACCACACCACCAGUUUCUGGGGAUGUAGGAGCUCCUGCUGCGGCAACCAAAACUACAGUUUCUACCAAGAAAGUUGCCUCUCCUUCACAAAAGAAAACUGAUAAGCUUGAAGGUAAGGUGGACCACCCUGAAGUUCCAGUUAUGGAUGGUAAUAGGAGGAAAGAAUCUGCAGCAAAAAAAGAAGCACCGGAAGAAGGUGUCUCUAACCUCCGCUCCCCUAUAUGCUGUAUUAUGGGCCAUGUUGAUACUGGUAAGACCAAGCUUUUAGAUUGCAUCCGAGGCACUAAUGUUCAGCUUGGUGAGGCUGGAGGUAUUACACAGCAGAUUGGCGCAACCUAUUUCCCAGCAGAAAACAUAAAGGAGAGAACCAAAGAACUAAAAGCUGAUGCAAGGCUCAGAGUCCCAGGUCUUCUGGUCAUUGAUACACCGGGACACGAGUCAUUCACAAAUUUACGGUCACGGGGUUCAGGUUUAUGUGAUAUUGCAAUUUUAGUUGUUGAUAUCAUGCAUGGCCUAGAACCGCAGACAAUUGAGUCCCUCAAUCUUCUUAAAAUGAGGAAUACAGAAUUCAUUGUUGCACUGAAUAAGGUGGAUAGAUUAUACGGAUGGAAGGCAUCCCCCAAUGCACCUAUUCAAAAAGCUUUGAAGCAACAAUCAAGUGAUGUGCAAAACGAGUUCAAAAUGAGGCUAACACAGAUUGUCACACAGUUCAAGGAGCAGGGCAUGAAUACUGAGUUGUAUUACAAAAACAAAGAGAUGGGGGAAACUUUCAGUAUUGUCCCUACAAGUGCAAUUAGUGGGGAGGGCAUACCGGAUCUUUUAUUGUUAUUGGUACAAUGGACUUCAAAAACUAUGGUGGAAAAGCUAACAUUUAGCGAUGAAGUGCAGUGCACGGUUUUAGAAGUCAAAGUUGUUGAAGGCCUGGGAACAACCAUUGAUGUUGUAUUAGUCAAUGGUGUUCUUCAUGAAGGGGAUCAAAUAGUUGUUUGUGGCAUGCAGGGGUCUAUUGUUACCACAAUCCGUGCAUUACUUACCCCUCAUCCAAUGAAGGAGAUCCGAGUAAAGGGACAAUAUCUGCAACAUAAAGAGUUGAAGGCUGCACAGGGUGUAAAGAUCGCAGCACAGGGCCUUGAGCAUGCCAUUGCAGGCACUGGUUUGUAUGUAGUGGGGCCUGAUGAUGAUUUGGAAGACAUCAAAGAAGCAGCAUCGCAAGACAUGAAGUCAGUCAUGAGCAGAAUCGACAAGAGUGGAGAGGGUGUUUAUGUACAAGCCUCUACUCUUGGCUCACUGGAAGCGUUGUUGGAGUUCUUGAAGAGCCCAGCAGUGAAAAUACCAGUCAGUGAGAUAAGCAUAGGCCCUGUACACAAGAGGGAUGUCAUGAAGGCCAGUGUCAUGCUUGAGAAGAAGAAGGAAUAUGCCACCAUCUUGGCAUUUGAUGUCAAAGUGACACCUGAGGCUCGUGAGCUGGCAGAAGAGACUGGAGUGAAGAUAUUUAUUGCUGAUAUCAUUUAUCACUUGUUUGACCAGUUCAAGCACUACAUUGAUAAUCUCAAGGAAGAAAAGAAGAAGGAAGUUGCAGACGAAGCAGUAUUUCCUUGUGUUUUGCAGAUUAUGCCCAAAAACAUUUUCAACAAGAAGGACCCUAUCGUUUUGGGGGUUGAGGUUAUUGAAGGCAUAGCUAAGGUUGGUACACCAAUAUGUAUUCCUUCAAGGGAUUUCAUUAAUAUUGGACGGAUAGCAUCCAUAGAAAGUAACCACAAACAAGUUGAUGUGGCUAAGAAAGGGUCAGAGGUGGCUAUUAAGAUUGCUAGUACCAAUCCUGAGGAGCAACAGAAGAUGUUCGGGAGACAUUUUGAUGAGGAUGAUGAGCUUGUUAGCCACAUCACUAGGAGGUCCAUAGAUGUGCUAAAAGAUAAUUAUCGGGAUGAGCUGUCUAUCGACGAGUGGAGGCUGGUAGUGAAGCUAAAGACUCUUUUCAAGAUACAGUGAAUUCUAGCUAUCACACUGUGGCUGUACUUCUGGGAGAUACACAAAUGUAACCGGUUUCUUCUCUGGCUCAAAAAACAGGUUCUUCUCCUGCUCCAAGAAAAAUGAAAAAAAAAAAAAAAAAAAAAAAAUCAGUUGUUGAGCUUUUGGGCUUUGGCUGAGGGGCAUGGGUCUUGGGAAUUUUGAAUUUCUGGAGGUUUGGAACACAUUAAGAACUGGGGGAGAGAAAAGGCUGUCGGAACAGAAAUUUUUAGGAUGAACCAUGUCCACCAUCCACUGUAACUUGAAGGAGAGCAAAAACUUAGGUCCAAAUUUGACUGGGAUUCGUUUCCUCUUCUGGGUUUUUUCCCUGUUACCAACUCUUAGAGCUUGUACGUUUAAAUGUCUUCAUUGCUGGGAGAGGUAUGGGCCAGAUGAUUUUUGUUCAGAAGCAAUGAAACCUGUAAAGAGCUUUGGAAUUAUGUCUUGUGAUAAGUUUUCUACCUACAAAUAAUAGCCGAAGGAUUGAUCUGGCAGUCAAUUUUCA